CUACACGGUGUUUGCUCAUAAACUUAAACCCGAUUAUUUUGUGAAGUUGUGAAGUCUAUUUCCACAUAAUCGGGAAUACAAAUCUGUUUAUUAUAUUUGGUAUUGUGUAAUAAACAUAUUAAGGAGAAUGGAAACCAGCAAGAAAGAUACAGGACCAUGGCAUUUAACGGCCACUGGUGAAAUUGGAGUGAGGAGAGACCCUAUGUUAUCGAAUGAAUUGUUACUGAGGCCUGACCUUGGCAAACGUCGAAUGAGGAGUUACACAGUGCCAUCCCACUGGAUAUACGGCUUGGAAUACCCACAGGGCUGCGGGACAGUAAGUCAAGCCCUACGAGGCUGGGAUUUACCAACCGAUUUUAUUAGCACCCCCUUGAAGCCUCAAACUGUGAGUGUACGUAAUUAUAUUGCUUUGAACAAGGACUGUGUUCAGCGAGGCAUCGUAACCGCCCCAGAACAACGUAGCUUCCGCCAGUUGUACGACAUACGAAAUACUAUCACAAAGGGCCAUGCCGGAAGGUUUGAGAAAAUGGAAUUUCCCAUUGAAACUACGUUUGGAAUGCCCGUCAGGCCAUCCACUCCUAUACAAGAAGUCAUUGGAAAUAAAUUUGGAACAAUGUGGGUGCAAGAGAAGAAAGACGAAUUUGCGCGACGGACGCAGAGAGAAGCUCAUAAACAGAAUCGUCAGAGUGCAGUAUAUAAAACAAGAGCGAAUAUGUUAGCUCAAUAUCAACAACCAACUAAAGAACCAGAAUUGUGGAAACUUCCACGCUUCACUAAAUGUGCACAACCUCACCUCGAAACCUUUCGAUCGGAAGCCAAGAAAAAUCAGGCAAUGGCUAAACAAGAAUUAGACAAAAUUCCUCGACUUGGAACGACACAGCAAGGAAUAUACACCGCUGCAUAUCAUUAAAAACUAUCGUCGCAUCAGAUUUUCUCACAGAGCCAAACGA